AUGUCUAUUACACCACUUGACCGUUUUAUUAGAGCUUCGGAUGCUCUUAUCCGUUUUGAAGCCGAAUUUAAUAAUACUCGCGAGGAAGUACAUACUGCGUUCACAAUAGGGUUUCACAGAGAUGAAUUGAAUAAGUUGUGGGACCUUGUUAAAUCGACAUAUGAACAAUGUCUUGAUUAUUUGACGACCUCUGAGGACACUGAACCUGAUGAUACUGAGGUGACUAGCUCGAAAUAUCAGAAUACGUAUAGAUCGUUUAUUAACUGUUCGGGUAAAAUUGCUGAGAAAAUUCAUCAGUUUGAUUCAGUGACUAAGUCUACUGAUUCGCCAACAGUGAAUCAGAAUAUUUGUGUCGGUCAUCAUAAUUUGACUUUACCGCCUUGUGACGUAGAUAUGUUUGAGGGUGAUUAUCUUUCAUGGCCUGCCUUUAGGGAUUUGUUUACGGCCUUAUAUAUAAAUAGUUCGCGUCUUACAAAUAUUGAACGAUUAUGCCACUUACUGCGUAAGACUAGUGGCGACGCGAAGGAAAUUGUUUCGAAAAGUCCGCUUUCUGAUAUAGGGUUUGAAAUGGCAUGGCGAAAUUUAAAAGACGCCUAUGAGAAUCCGCGUAUGUUGGUUAAUAAUCAACUAAAGACGCUUUUUAAUAUUCCAAUACUAGAAAAAGAGUCUUUUACCGGCCUCAAAAAUUUGCAAAGAGGAAUUAAUAGUUGUCUUGCCGCGUUGUCGGUGUAUAAGGUUCCGACAGAGAAUUGGGAUCCGAUUCUAGUCUUUUUAUGUGUACAGCGACUUCCUGACUGCUCUGUAACUUUAUGGGAACAGAGCAUUAAGGAUAAAUUCGCGUUAUCAUGUUGGAAAGACAUGGAUGCUUUUCUAACAGAAAGGAUUCAAACUUUAGAAUGUCUUCGUGAUAUUCGGGAAACGCCGCAGACAAAAGUACCAUCGGUACAAAAGGUAAAAACACAUCAUGUUAAUUCUGCAUCAAAUUCUCAUUUUUGCGUUUUAUGUAAGAAUCAAAGCCAUUUCCUACGCGAUUGUAAGCGUUUCAAGAAUCUUUCAGUUUCGGAAAGAUUUUCUACAAUUAAGAGACACCAUUGUUGCGUCAAUUGUUUAUCAAGAACACAUGAGGUUAGAAAUUGCACAAGUGUUCAUAGCUGUUCAACUUGUCAGAAGAGACAUCACACUUUGCUGCAUAGAAGUACUUCAUCCUCAGACGAUUCGACUGAAAAUUCAAAUACAGGAGCGAGUUCUGUCGUGGCAUCUCCACCAACAAACUCUAGGCCUGUGGAAUCUUCAGCGUCUACUUCUAGAAAAAAUAACCCAGGUCCCUCAAAUCGACAGGUGUUCCACUUGUCCAAUAAUCGGACUGUACUUUUAGGGACUGCUAUGGUGAAUAUACGUCACCAAGGUAUGACAUACCCGGCUCGAGCCCUCAUUGACCCUGGUUCGGAAACGUCGUUUAUUUCUGAACGCGUGCAGAAUCGUUUAAAGAUUUCGGCGCAUUUGACAAAUGCUCAAAUCUCUGGUGUCAACCAGACGAUUACUGCAACCUCUACUAAACUUUGCUCGAUCGAAAUAAGCUCUCCUUUGGACACGUCGAUUAAUUUAAGGACUACAGCUCUUGUUUUACCAAAUAUAUCGGGUAAUUUACCAUCGUUUGUUAUGUCGGAUGAACUUUGUGGGAAUUUACCGAAUCUACAAUUGGCUGAUUCUCAGUUUUUCAAUUGCAGACCGGUUGAUCUGCUUCUAGGUGCAGAUUUGUAUCCUCAAAUUAUAUUAAGGGAAAUUCGUACAAACUUUUUAGGGUCGUUAUUGGCUCAGAACACGAUAUUCGGUUGGAUUAUUACUGGUCCUGUGCCAUCAUCUUCUGUUCAGGUGUUUAAUACCAGAGUUGAGUUUUCCGAGGAAGACAAUUUAAACAGCAGCUUACUCCGCUUUUGGGAACUAGAGGAGGCGCCGAAAAGGAAAAUAAUGUCCCUUUAUGAUAGGAUUUGUGAAGAGAACUACAAGCGCACGACUCGCAGAGGAACUGAUGGACGAUAUAUAGUGACACUUCCUUUCAAGCCUGAAUUUCCGGAAAAGCUUUCGUUAGGUUCUUCAAAACAAAAUGUUAGGGCGCAAUUUUUGAGAACGGAAGCUUCACUAUUGAGGAAACCACAAAUUAAGGAAAUGUAUGACGAAGUAGUUAAAGAAUAUUUGGUUUUGGGUCACAUGCGGCCAAUAGUGGAGACAUCGUCUUCCAUUUCUUCAUGUUAUUUGCCACAUCAUCCUGUAAUAAAACUUGAUCGUAAAACUACUAAGUUGAGAGUAGUUUUUAAUGCGUCAAAUAAAACUUCUAGUGGACUUAGUCUUAACGAUUGUUUGUUUGUCGGUCCUACCCUUCAGGCAGAUUUAGUCCUACUAAUUUUACGUUGGAGAUUUUUUCGCUAUGUUUUUAAUUGUGAUAUUACUCAAAUGUAUAGACAGAUAAGGCUUGACCAGUCUCAUACUCCUUUUCAGCGUAUUUUGUUUCGCGAUUCUCCUACAGAGGAUUUAAAGCAGUAUGAAUUACAGACUGUGACCUUUGGCGUCAAUUGUGCACCUUAUCUGGCCAUCCGUACUUUAUUACAGUUGGCAGAUGAUUCUGAGAGUCAAUAUCCACUCGCAUCGAAAAUUCUUCGUAAAGGUAUGUACGUUGACGACGUACUCACGGGGACUCAUGAUGUUGAAACCGCUUUGAUCGCUCGUGAUCAACUUGUAGCGGCAUUAUCAUCUGCAGGGUUUAAUCUUCGAAAAUGGACUUCGAACGAUAAGGCAAUUUUAGCCGGUUUUUCCCCAGAGUAUUUGAUAGAUGAGAAACUUUUGGUUUUUGUCGAAUCAAGUAGUUCGAAAACGCUGGGACUCCAAUGGAAUGCUCAUUUGGACGUUUUCUAUUUUAGGGUGAAUCCUAUAGCGCGACGUUCGCACUACACUAAGAGGGAAGUUCUGUCAACAAUCGCGAAAUUAUUUGACCCGGUAGGUUGGUUAGGUCCAGUUUUAGUAGUAGCAAAAAUGCUAAUGCAAAAAGUUUGGCAGGAUCAGAUAGAUUGGGAUGAGGAUAUAAAAAUGUCGACACAAACCGAAUGGGAGAAAUUUGUGGCUUCGUAUCAUGAAGUCAAUUGUAUACAAAUUCCUCGAUGGGUCCAUUAUGAACCAGAAUCCUCAGUAGAGCUUCAUGUUUUUUCUGAUGCCUCGGAAAAGGCAUAUGCGGGGGUAAUAUAUAUUCGGGUGGAAACACCUAGAGGAGAAAUUUUCACACAUUUGCUAACAUGCAAGACGAAAGUGGCCCCUAUUAAAUCGGUUACUUUACCUCGUCUUGAACUUUGUGGUGCUGUAUUAGCGGCAGACCUUUUGAAGGCCGUGUUAUGUGAAAUUGACAUUCCAUUGCACCAGGUUUAUUGUUGGACUGAUUCUACGAUCGUCCUUUCCUGGUUAAGAAAAGACCCCUGUUCUUGGGCAACCUUUGUUGCAAAUCGAGUUUGCAAGAUACAAGAAAUUGUAGGCAAACAUAAUUGGCAUCAUGUCAGAUCUGAGGAAAAUCCAGCGGAUUUAGGAAGUAGAGGAGUUACACCUUCUCUUUUAGCUCAGAGCUCUCUUUGGUGGAAUGGUCCACAUUGGCUUCGGGACAAAAAGUCUACUUGGAAUCUGAAAAAUUUAUCCAUGCUUGAUACCGAUCUUGAGGUUCGAAAUGUAAAAUCUCAUUUCUCUUUUUUUACGAAUUACGAGGACGUUUUGGAGAGAUUUUCGUCGCUUGAUCGUGCUAUCCGAGUUUUAUCCUACGUUUUCAGAUUUUUCCAUAGAACUCAUUCGCUUUAUAGGAACCGAUAUUCGUAUGACACCAUAACGCUGUCUGAAAAUGAAGUGAGACAUGUGAAACUACGUUUGGCCAUUGUGGCCCAAAAAGGUAAUUUCGCGGAGGAAUACAAGUGUCUAUUAGAAAAAAGACCACUUUCUUCUAAAAGUUCACUUUUACCUCUAAAUCCGUUUCUUGACAAUGAGGGUGUCAUGAGACUUAAUGGUCGAUUGGCUAGGUCGCCUUCAUUGGUUUAUACGGAACGGCAUCCUAUUUUAUUGCCAUAUUCAUGUCGCUUCACGCUCCUUUUAGCAGAAUUUAUUCACAAGAUUUCCAUUCACGGUGGAAAUCAACUAAUGCUAAGGAUAAUACGAAUCGAAUAUUGGAUUCCUCGUUUAAAGACACUUGUUAGAACAAUUGUUAAUCGCUGUAAGCGAUGCGUGUUGGAUCGUAAACGCGCUUGCACUCAACUAAUGGCUGCCUUACCCCCAGAACGGACGAACUUGGAUCGACCGUUUACAACAACAGGAGUUGAUUUCGCUGGUCCCUUCGACAUGAAAAAUUUGAACGGUAGGUCGUGUCAGAUCUUAAAGGCCUAUGUCUGUAUUUUUGUAUGUUUCGCCACCAAAGCCGUACACUUAGAAGUAACUUCAGAUUUAUCAACAGAUAAAUUUUUAGCGGCAUUUAAUCGAUUUAUUUCGAGACGCGGUUGUCCACGUACGAUCUUUUCGGAUAACGGGACGAAUUUUGUAGGUGCUUCUCGAGAGUUGGAGAGAGAAUUUAAAACCUUUUUAUUGGAAAGUAGGGCUAGGAUGUGUUCGACGUUUGGCAUCAACGGCCUUUCAUGGCGUUUUAUUCCUGCUGGUGCUCCCCAUAUGGGAGGUUUGUGGGAAGCGGGAGUUCGAAGUUUCAAACUGCACUUUCGUAAAGAUGCACAUUCCGGUAAAUAUACCUUUGAGGAACUUUCUACUGUCCUCGCUAGAAUUGAGGCAUGUCUAAAUUCUCGACCAUUAUGCCCUAUGAAUGAUAAUCCUAAUGAGAUAGUGGCUCUUACACCAGGUCAUUUCUUAAUAGGGUCGCCUAUACUAGCUCCACCUGAACCGUCAAUUUAUGACUCGCCGCUUAGUCUUCUAAAUCGUUAUAGGAAAGUUAAAGCACUGACUCAUCACUUUUGUCGUAGAUGGAAAGAAGAGUACUUGUCAGGUCUUCACAAACGAUAUAAGUGGAAAUAUCCAGAAAGAGAUAUAGCAGACGGAGACUUAGUUGUCAUACGAAAUGAGCAAUUGUCACCCACUUCUUGGAAAAUGGGAAGAGUCGUUAGGACUUAUCCAGGAAGCGAUAAUCACGUACGCGUCGCGGACAUACGUACAGAAAACGGGAUAAUAAAGCGACCAAUUACAAAACUGGUUGUUUUAACCAGUGAAACUGUUUAA